GUUGUUUGUGCUUUUACUCUCUAUCCGCAGCCAUCCUGCUUUCCUGUGGGCUGACCCGCCCCGGAGACGUGAAGUUUAAGGACAGUUGGAGUCUCUAAAUGCCCGGUGAAGCCACAGAAACCGUUCCUGCUACAGAGCAGGAGUUGCCACAGCCCCAGGCUGAGACAGCUGUGCUUCCUAUGUCUCCAGCCUUGAAUGUCACUGCUGCCUUAGGGCAGCCUGGAUCUACCCCAACCCCUCCUUGCUCCCUGGCCCCCCAACAAUGCCCUGUAUCAAUUGCAAAACCACCAUCCCCUUUUCCCUCUCCCUCUACUAGUAGCGCAAUCUCUUUAGAGGUUCCUUUUCCCCAGCCAGCCUCAGGAAUGACCAUGCCUUUGGAAACGUUCCCUGACACCCCAACUUUCCUACCACACCUGAUAGGACCUCCUAUCUCCCCAGCUGCCUUAGCCCUGGCUUCUCCCAUGUUGGGGCCAAAUAUGAAAGGUACCCAUUCCUGUUCAGCUCCCUUGGCUCUGGUUGCAUUGGCUCCCCAAGCAGUUCAGAAGAGUUCAGUUACAGCUGAGUCAGGGUCAGUGACAUCUCUGUCAGCUCCCCUCACUCCCUCAGAACCAAAGACCUUUCCCAUUCAAGUUCCCUCUCAUAUAGUCCCUAAUCCAAAAGAUGCUAUCCCAAGUCUUCCAGUUACAGUCAGUGGAAUUCCUUCCCACCUUGUGACUCCUAUGGCCCCUAGUGAAUCUAUAGUAUCUUCUGGUCCUCAGAUACCACCUAUCACAUCUCAGGUCAAAGGUGUCCCCACUUCUGUAGAUCCAAUGCCACAAAAUCCAUUAAGCCCAAGCCCAAAGGGACCUGUUAGUUCACCUGCUGCCUCCUUUCUUUCAGCUCAGUCAGUUCCUGCAGUGGCCUCUUCCCAAAACACUGAAACUCCAAAUAUCCCCCCCAUUUUUCCCACUUCUCUGAGCACUCAUCCUGUACCUUUUCAUCAGAGUUCUUUAGGUUCUUCUAUUCAACCUUUAGGUCAAACAGGUCCUAACACUCUGUCAGAUCCUGUAAUGAAUACCAUUUCUAUAGAUCAUUCUUCCAUGGAGACCUCUUACCCAUCUCAGAGAUCCGAGAGUUUUCCUCUUUUUUCCAGGAAUGAGCUGGUUGCUGGUGUUACAGCUUCCAUUCCUGUCGGGGUUCCCACCUCAGCUCUGGUUAUUUCUACUGACAAAGGCCAGCCUGCUAGUAUAACCUCCCACAGUCCCUCUGUCUCCCCAGAUUUAGCUCCUACUUAUUCAUUGACUGCCUUGUCCUCUCUCAUUCCCAAAGGCCCACCUAAUACUAUUCAUCAGCCUUUGGUGACCCAAAUUCCUCCUUCAGGAGCCAACUUUAAAGAAAUUCCUGUCUCUUCUGGUAGAACUGCUCAGCUUAUGGUAACUAAUCUCUCUACAACUUCUACAGUAACUACUGCCUUUGAGGUAGCUACUAGUGUGUCUUCUGCAGUGUCAUCAGGUCCCAUGAGUAGUAAGGAAUCCACUUCCCCUACUGCGUUGGGUAUAAUGCCUAUAACUUGCAAGGAACUUCCUACUCCUCAAGUAGCAGCUACUCCUGGGAUGCCAUUUUCUUCAAUACCAGCUCCCAAAGACCAUAAAUUUCUUCCCACUUCUGUAUUGGUAAAUGUAGGAACCCCUAUUUCUCCAUCCCAGGCAGGACUCCCCACCAAAAACGACCCUAAUGAUUUGCCUUUGGCCCUGGCAGCCCCUAAAAAUUCCUCCUCUCUUCAAAGUAUAUCAUCUCUGGAAAUAAGUCCCCCUGGAGCCACCUUAGCAAAAAAAGGCCUUGUAGGGCCUCUCCCUAUGGCUAAGCAAGCUGACACUACUGCUGCUUCUGUGGGUGUCAACUCCCCAGACUCUGCUAGUCUGUUUCCUGAAGGUUCUGUUUCUGCUCCAACAGUGCUAGCAAUUCCUUUGGAAGGUACUGGCCCUGUGAGGGUGACUCCUACAACUGCCAAAGACACUUCCACUUUUGCAACUACACCCAGUCCUUUUGUCGGAACUGUCUUGUCAGCAUCUAAAAAUCACCCAGCUCAAAAGGAUACUUGUACUCCUACUACCUUACCUUUGGUUCCACCAGCCUGUGAAAGCUGCCCUGUAGCUGGAGGUAUGACUUGGUCCUUGCAGAAUGUUUCUGUUUCUGCACCUGCAGUGGCAGUGGUCCCUGAAAUUUCUAAGUCUUUGCCUUUUCCCACAAUUCCACCAUCACGCAUUUCUCCUGGUGGAGAGAAAGUUGGUGGUAUUUCUCCCACCUCAGCAUUGGUACUCUUGGCUCCCUCUGCUGAAGGGCAUCCAAGUAAAGACUCUGGUUCUGCUGUUACUUACCUGGCCAACUCCCCAUCUCCCUUAAGGACUGGCAUCUCUCCUGAGUCUAAAAGAUCAGCAUCCCAGAAGGGUUCCACUAUCACUGAUGGUCUGACUCAAAAUGUCUCCUGUAUUUCUCAGAUUGAAGCUUCCAUCCUUCCAGAGGCUAGUCUUUCUUUUCAAGGCCCUAAAGACUCACUAACGAAGAAACAGUCUUCCUCUCCUUCCUCACCAGAAGGAGCAGCCUCAUCCCUCAAGGAGGCCCUAGCAACCCAGUCCCCCAGGGAGACCCCCACCAUCCCAGCCAAGACCCCUUCUCACAAAAAGGCCCCUGCACCCUCAUCCCUCAAAGGGCCUCCCAUUGUUCCAGCCAAGACUUCUACCUCCCCCAAAGGAGCUUCCACUCCUUCAGCUGAGACUGAUCCCUCCCCCAAAAAAUCCUCAGCAACUGCAGCUCCCAAAGAGAGCCCAGCAACCCCGGUUUCCAAAGAGGCCCCCACUCCCCCACCUGAGAUGCCUCCCUCCCCUCCAGAGAUGCCAGCACCUGCAGCCCCCAAAGAGAUCCCAGCAGUUUCAUCCCCCAAAGGGACCUCCAACCUCCCGGCUGAGACUCCUCCCUCCCUCAAAAAGGUCCCAGCAACUCCAUCCUCCAAAGCGGCCCCUACUAUCCCAACCAAGACUCCAUCACCCAAAAAGACCUCAGCGUCUACAGUCCCCAAGGGAGCCCCCACUCCCCUACCUGAAACUUCCCCUUCCCAAAAAAAGGCCUCAGCAACUCCAGCCCCCAAAGAGGCCUCCCCUCCCCAACCUGAGACUCCUCUCUCCCCACAAAAGGCCCCACCUUCAUCCCCCAAAGAGUCCCCAGUAACCCCUUCCAAAGGGGCCUCAAUCCCCCCAGCUGAGACUCCUUCCUCCCCCAAAAAGGUUGCAACUCCAUCCUCCAAGGGGGCCUCCAGUCUUCCAUCCAAGACUCCUUCCUCCAAAAAGACCCCAGCAUCUACAGUCUCCAGAAAGGCCCCUACUCCCCUGCCUGAAACUCCCCCUGACCCAGAGAAGGCCCCAACAACUUCAGCCCCCAAAGAGGCCUCCCCUCCCCAACCUGAGACUCCCUUCAGCCCCCAAAAAUCCCCAGCACCUUCAGCCCCCAUAGAGACCCCAGCAAUCCCUGCUUCCAAAGGGGCCUCUACCCUCCCAGCUGAGACUUCUCCCACCCCCCAAAAGAUCCCAUCAAUUCCAUCCCCUAAAGAGCCCCCCACUCUCCCAGCCAAGACUCCUUCCUCCAAAAAGUCUCCAGCAUCUGCAGCCCCCAAAGAGGCCUCCACUCCUCAACCUGAGACUCCCCUCUCCCCCCAAAAGGCCCCAGCACCUGCAGCCCCCAAAGAGACCCCAGUAACUCUCCCUUCCAAAGGGGCCUCCACUCCACCAGCUAAGAUUCCUCCCUCGCCCAGAAAGGCCCCAGCAUCUGCAGCCCCCAAAGAGACCCUGGUAACUCCCUCUUGCAAAGGGGCCUCCACCCUACCAACUGAGACUCCUCCCUCCCCGAAAAAGGCCACAGCAUCUGCAGCCCCCAAAGAGACCCCAGUAACCCCCCCUUCCAAAGGGGCCUCCACCCCACCAGCUGAGACUUCUCCCUCCCCUAAAGAGGCCCCAGCACCUUCAUCCCCCAAAGAGACCCCAGUAACCCCCCCUUCCAAAAAGACCUCUACCCCCCCAACUGAGACUCCUUCCUCCCCUAGAAAGGCCCCAGCACCUUCAUCCUUUAAAGAGACCCCAGUAACCCCCCCUUCCAAAGAUACCUCUUCAUAUCCAGCUGAGACUCCUCCCUCCCUCAAAAAGGCCCCAGCUUCUGCAGCCCUCAAAGGGGCCCCCACUCUCCCAGCCAAGACUCCUUCCUCCAAAAAGACUCCAGCAUCUGCAGCCCCUAAAGGAAUCUCUACUUCCACAUCUGAGACUUCCCUCUCCAAAAAGACCCCAGCAACUGCAGCCCCCAAGGAGACAGCAGUGACUCCAUCCCCCAAAGGGGCUAUCUCCCCACCAGCUGAGACUCCUCUCUCCCCUCUAAAAGUCCCAGCAAAUGCAACACCCAAAGAGACGCUCACUGCCCCAGCCAAGACUUCUUCCCUUAAAAAGACUCCAGCAACUAUAGCUCCCAAAGAAGUCUUAGCUGCCCCUAAGGGGAUCUCCAUUUCCCCAGCUGCAGUUCCUGCCACCCCUAAGAAGCCACCAAUAACUGCAGCCCCUCAAGAGUCCCGAGCAGUCCCAUCCCCCAGUGAGGUUCCCAUUUUACCAUCAGAGACUACUACUCCCAAAAAAGCCCCAGCAACUAAAGCCUCCAAAGAGAAUCUAACAAACACAUCUCCCAAAGGAGCCUCCAUUCCCCCAGCUCUGGUUCCUCCUCCUUCCCCUAAAAAGGCCCUGGCAGCUGCAGCUCCCUCCCCCAAUGGGGUUACUAGUCCUCUAGCACAGACUCCUCCCUCUUCCAAAAAAGCCAUGGCUGCUACCUCCCCUCAAAAGGCCUUAGCAUCUGCAGCCCCUAAAGAGACUCCUACUCCCACAUCAAGGAGUCCUCCAUCCCCCAGGAAAGCCCCAACAACUUCACCCAAAGUGACCCCCAUUACUGCUGCCCUGGCUCCUGACUCCCCUAAAAAGGCCCCUGCAAUUGCAGUGUCCAAAGAGGACACAACUCCAUCCAAGGAGGACCCUGCUGCCCCAGGCAAAGUUCCCUCUUCCAAAAAACCUUCAGCACCCUCAGCUUCCAAAGGGGUCUCAAGUGCCCCAGCUGUGACUCCUGCCCACCAAAAUAUCAGAGAAGCCACAGCUUCCAAAGAGCCCCCCACUCUUUCAGAGAUGACUCCCUCCUCCAAAAAGGCCCUGUCAACCAAAGGAAGCCAACCUGCCCCAGCCAAGACUUCUUCCUCCCCAAAAAAGGCCCCAGUAACUACAGUGCCCAAAGAGGGUCCUGCUCCCCAAGUUAUGACUCCUACCCCCUGCAAAAAGGCCCCAGCCACCCCAUCUUCCAAAGAGGCUCAAUCUGUCCCAGCUGUGACUUUGACCUCCCUCAAAGAGGCCCCAGCCAACCCAUCCUCCAAAAGAGCUCACUCUUCUUCAGCUGUUACUCCUCCUCCUCAAAAGGCUCCAGCCCCCAAAAGGGCCUCCACUGCCCCAGAUGCCAUCCUUCCCUCCUCCAAGGGGGGCCCAGCUACCCCAUCCUCUGAAGGAGCUCCCACUGUCCCAGCUGUGACUCUGCACGCUCACAAUGAGGCUGCAUCCCCUAGAGAGGUCCCCAUUUUUUCAGCCACUUCUGCCACCUCCAAAGGGACUCCUGCCCUCUCAUCUGGGUUUCCUCCCUCCCCUAAAGGCUUCCCUGCUUUCCCAGGGUUAGUCCAAAGUACCUUGGGGGCUGUUGCCCCUCAGGCAUCAGAAGGGAUCCCAGAAAAGAAGGGCCCCACAGAUAUUAAAGAAACACUUGUUGCCCCAGCUCCAGAAAGUGCUCACAAAGGCGCAGGGGUCAAGAAUUCUGGUACUUUACCUCCUAAGUGUUCUGAUCCUUCUGCUAAGAAUGAUAUUAAAGGAUCCCACUCUACCAUGGCUCCAGCCCCUCUGUUGAUAGCCCCCACUCAGAAAGAUUCUUCAAAGAGUACAAAAGCCCUCCAUAUUUCUCCUGCAAAGGGCAGAGACUUUCAUUCUGCAGAAGGUCCUUUGGCUGCUGCUCCUGAGUCUAAGACAGCUACCCCUCUAGUGGCAGUGGCCUCUGAAAAGAUCCUUACUAGAGCUGGAUCCGCAUCUGCCUCUCCAGCACCCAACCCAUCAGUCUCCCUGCCUCUUGCUUCGUCCCCAGUUCCCCCUCUGCUUCCUAAACAGUUUCUGCCUUCCUCACCUGGUCUGGUGCUGGAUUCACCCUGUAAGCCCCCAGCACCUGCUGAUGAGGAUGAGCUGCCGCCUCUGAUUCCCCCGGAGCCAAUCUCUGGGGCCAUGCCUUUCCAGUCGGUCCUCGUCAACAUACCCACUCCCAAACCUGCUGGAAUCCCUGCCCCAACCCCUUCUGCCAAGCAGCCUGUUUUGAAGAACAACAAGGGGUCUGGAACAGAAUCUGACAGUGAUGAAUCAGUACCAGAGCUCGAAGAGCAAGAUUCCACACAAGCAACCACACAACAAGCCCAGCUGGCAGCAGCAGCUGAAAUUGAUGAAGAACCAGUCAGUAAAGCAAAACAGAGUCGGAGUGAGAAGAAGGCACGGAAGGCUAUGUCCAAACUGGGUCUUCGGCAGGUUACAGGAGUUACUAGAGUCACUAUUCGGAAGUCUAAGAAUAUCCUCUUUGUCAUUACCAAACCAGAUGUCUAUAAGAGCCCAGCUUCAGAUACCUACAUAGUUUUUGGGGAAGCCAAGAUUGAAGAUUUAUCUCAGCAAGCACAGUUAGCAGCUGCUGAGAAAUUCAAAGUUCAAGGUGAAGCUGUCUCAAACAUUCAAGAAAAUACACAGACUCCAACUGUACAAGAGGAGAGUGAAGAGGAAGAGGUUGAUGAAACAGGCGUGGAGGUUAAGGACAUAGAGUUGGUUAUGUCACAAGCAAAUGUGUCGAGGGCAAAGGCAGUCCGAGCACUGAAGAACAACAGUAAUGAUAUUGUAAAUGCUAUUAUGGAACUAACAAUGUAAUCAUUGGAAAGAAGGGCUUUUUCUGGUGUUUCAAAAAGGUCACUGCAGCUUGGUUUGAAAUUUGUACUGUUUCUAUCACUAAUAAAGUUAUGACUUAUUGGAUGAA